CAGCUCACAGUCUGGCGUCGCUGGUCGACGUAAGCGGAACCAUCCGGCAAAAAAAAAAAUACACACACCCAUACACUCACACACAUACACAAACACACAUUCACGAAGGUGACCUCGUCCUCGACCCUCCAAUUGUCACUUUGACUUUAUCCUGACACCUGUUCUCACUAUUGUGCCAUUUAAAAUCUUAAAAAAUAGUAAAUCGCUGAUUCUAAAAACCAGUGAUUGGUAAUUUUUAAUUACAAGUGAAGUGAAUUCAACUUUAUAUUUAAAUUAAAUUCUUGGACUGAAUUAUUGGCAAAUAGAAUACCAGGUUUAAAAUUUAAUUUGGUGAAUGACAAGUUUGAGAUUAAAGGUUUAAUCGAGAACCGGAAGCCUUUGUAAAGACAAUUGAAAUAACUGGGGACAUGGCGCCGUUUCCUGCAGCAGUUCCAGUGCCGUACCGGGUCGUUGAUUUCAGCACGUGAAUAAUUAUUUAUUAUUUCUCAAUAAUUAAUUCAAGCCUAAUUUUCAUUAUCAAUUAUUUUGUUUAUUUAUCUUAUGAUAAUGGAGACUCAGGGAUAUAUUAUCAAUUACCAUAAUAAUAAUAAUAACAACAAUAAUAAUAUAAAUAAUAACAAUUAUUUAUUAAUUAUAUAGUACAUUAUAAUUUUAAAAGAAAAGUGGAGUUUAAAGUGAUUAAAUAAAUUGUUUAGAGUGAAAAUGUUUAUUUUUCACAAAAUUUCAAUGGAAACAGUGUUAAAAAUAUAUUGAUAAUAUAAAAAAAAAGGAGACAGAAUGGGUUCUUGCAACGUAUAUUUUUCUCAACUUCGAGCGAUGCUCGGGAGGAAUUUACUGCUCAAGAAACGUGAGAAACGAAAGACUAUAGCUGAAGUAUUUUUGCCCCUUUACAUCCUGGGUAAUCUCAUCAUCCUAAAAGUCUUAAUACCCAAUCCAAAUUAUCCAGCAAUGACGACACAACGGCAAGACGGUAACAUAUUUGAGUUUUUCAAUGGCUAUAAGAACAACACCAUUGCUGUUGUCCCAAACUCCACCGAAACUCUUAAUUUCCUGACUGCCAUGAACAACUUGUGGUUAUCUGUGUGGGAGUACCCUGGUAAGCUGCCGUUAAAUUUCAUGGUCUUUGAAACGACUGGCGAUCUGCAGGCGGCCUAUUGGCGUGAGCCCUACAGCAUACCUCUGGCUGUUAUUUUUGAGGAUCCACAGCCGAUAAGCCAUAGUCUCUUAUAUGAAAUAAGAACGAAUCCGUCAUUUCACGCGACACCCUCACCAAAAGAAUUUUAUUCUUCGUCAGUGACCUGUCGUAAAAACACAAGCCAUUGGGUGGGAGGAAUGCUGUCAAUAGAAACAGGAGGAUCAUGUCCAAUAAAUAAUUACUUUCAUUCGGGUUUCAUGGCUCUGCAGAUGCUAAUGGAUAUGACUAAAAUUCGUAUUGAUACCGGUAAUACCGAUGUAACAUUACCCGAUAUUAAAUUUCAAAUGUUUCCAAAGAAAGCUUACACAGCAGAUUGGAUGCUAGCCUUCAGAGUUUUAAUACCAUUGUACAUGAUACUUGCGCUCUCCCAAUUUAUAACAUAUUUACUUAUUCUGAUUGUCGGCGAGAAGGAAAAUAAAAUAAAGGAGGGUAUGAAGAUAAUGGGUCUCAAGGAUUCAAUAUUUUGGUUGUCUUGGUUUCUGAUAUAUGCAAUAUUUGUGUUUAUUUUAUCAGCAGUUGCAGUACUAUUGCUUUUUACACUACAAAUGUUUCAACAUACCCACUUUCUACCAAUAUUUUUACUUGUUGUACUCUACAGCUUCUCAGUUAUUAUGUUUUCUUUUAUGAUAACACCAUUUUUUGAUCAAUCACGAACAGCCGGAGUAUUGGGAAAUUUUGCAGUAACAAUAUUGAGUCUUAUGUACUUUAUUCAAGUAUUUAUCGAUGAUCCAACUUCAAUAUCAUUUUGGGUUGUGUCAUUAUUAAGCCCUGCGUGUGCCGCUUUGGCAAUGGACAAAGCUCUGGUAUUUGAUUUAAAAGGCGAGGGUGUUAACUUUGACAAUCUUUGGGCAGGACCUGGUAUACCAUUUGGAGGAAGUUUAAUAAUGAUAACUUUUGACAUUUUUCUCUAUGGUUUACUUGCAUACUAUCUUGACUCUGUAAUUCCAACAGAAUAUGGAACAAAAAGACCAGCUUGGUUUUGCUUUACGCCGGGUUUUUGGUGCAAGAAAAAAGUUCAACGAAUACCCUCAUCUAACGGCGAAUCAAAUUCGUUUAUACCGGAAGAAGAAGCUAGCCGAGAUGUCGAACCAGUUGUCCGUGAAAUGAAAGGCCGUGAGGCAAUACGUAUCGUUGAUCUUUAUAAAUCUUAUCAAAAGUGCCGUAAACCCGAGGUGAAAGCCGUAAACGGUAUCAAUUUGACUAUAUAUGAAGGUCAGAUUACGGCAAUACUCGGUCACAAUGGCGCUGGUAAAACAACUCUCUUCAAUAUUCUCACGGGUUUGACAGCUCCCACUGCGGGAACGGCUUUGAUAUUUGGUUAUGAUAUUAGAGAUUCAAAUGACAUGCAAAUGAUACGUAGUAUGACUGGAGUAUGCCCUCAACACGACAUUUUAUUUGAUCUUCUUACUCCUCGUGAGCAUUUGGAAUUUUUUGCUGCUGUUCGUGGUAUUCCCAAAACUAUGAUUGAAAUGGAAGUAAAAAAGACACUGAAAGACAUUGAUCUCACUGAAAAGGCUGAUACAUUUGCCAAGUAUUUGAGCGGAGGACAAAAAAGAAAAUUAUCUGUUGGAAUAGCUAUCAUUGGUGAUCCUAAAAUAAUUAUAUUGGAUGAACCUACAGCCGGUGUUGAUCCCUACUCACGACGGCAAAUGUGGUCAUUCCUUCAGUCUCGUCGUCAUGGAAAAGUUAUCCUACUUACAACCCAUUUUAUGGAUGAGGCUGAUAUUCUUGCAGAUCGUAAAGCUGUAAUCAGCAAAGGAAAAUUACGUUGCUGUGGUAGUUCUUUAUUUUUAAAAAAUAAAUUUGGAAUCGGAUAUCAUUUGACUCUAGUCUUAGAGGGUAACAGUCGUAUAAAUGCCAUAACACGUCUUGUCACUUCACACGUUGCAAAGGCCGAAAAAGCUCGUCGACAUGGCCGUGAAUUGAGUUUCAUUCUCCCUCACAAUUCUGUUGAAAAUUUUGCUCCGCUGUUUUCAGCAAUCGAGAAUGAAAUAAAAACACGGACGGGUCGUCUGGGUAUUAGCAGUUACGGCGUGUCAAUGACAACUCUGGAGGAGGUAUUUUUGCAUUUGGAAAAAGACGAAGAGACCGAAUGUACGAUGGACAAUCUGUCUAAAAAGAUGGUGCGUAAUCGUGCACUCAGUCGAUCGCUAUCACUCCAAUCCAAGAGUACAUCUUACCAGAGUCUACAAAAUGAAGGAGCGACUGUACAAGGUGACGGUCAAGUUAAAAGUACAAAUGAAUUGCCUGAUGGUGUCAAUCAUCAUCAUCAUCAUCACCAUCAUCAUCCGCCUCACAAUACAGAAAAAAAUAAUCCACCUGCUCUGGGUCUUGGUUUAGAUCCUAUUAAAAUACGGCCUAAUUUUUUUCAAACACUCUAUGCAAUGUUGAGAUUACGAUUACUCAGAUUAACUCGAAAUCUUCAAUUACUUUAUUUUACAAUCGUUGCACCACUUGCACUAGUUGUAUUGGGAUUGUAUAUAAAUAGUAUACAAAUAGUCAGUAUUAAAAUGGACUCAUUGGAAUUAAACAGCACCACUUACAAACAAGAAACUAAAAUGCUCUACAUAAAUCAUACAGACCGAGAUAUAUCACCUUUGAUAAAUCAAAUGCGACAUGAAACACCUGUUUUAGAUGAGUAUGAGGGAAAUUUCACAGAUUUACUGGCAAUUGCACCACAUAUGGCUGUUGUCAACAUAAAUGAUUUUAAUAAACGACAAUUAAAUCUUACACUUACUUAUAAUGACACAAUGCAGCAUUCAAUACCUAUUUUCAUGAAUAUUUUAUCAAAUGCUUACUACAGAUAUUUAUCUGGGAAAGAAAAUCCCAUACCAAUAAAAAUAAAAACUCAUCCAUUCCAACAAACAUCACAGCCUCAAGAAUUCAAUGUAGGUAUUGCAAGCUCAACUUUAUUUAUUGGAAUGAUUUUAGUUUUGGUACCAAUCACUCUAGUCGUUGAUAUGGUCUAUGACCGUGAGAUAAGAACAAAAAAUCAGCUACGAGUCAAUGGUUUAUCUUUCUUUAUGUACUUUUUGAGUUACUUUAUAGUAUUAGUAGCUCUUAUGUUCGUGAUAUGUCUGUGUAUACUCGGAAUAAUAUAUAUAUUCAAUGUACCGUCACUCCAAGAGAUUCCAGCAGUAGUGACUCUUGGUGGUCUGAUAAUGCUGUACUGCCCAUCAUCUAUUUUAUUUUCUACCUGUUUGAGUUACAUUUUUGACAAAAUGGACUCUGCUCAAAGUUUCCUGCCCAAUAUCGUAACAUUCUUUGGCCUGAUUCCUUUUAUUUUGGUUAUGGUACUGGAUAUGCUGGGAUUGGGAGGUACUGCAGCAUUUGCUCUUCAUGUUGUAUUUUCUCUACUAAAUGCAAUGUAUUUACCAUACGCGUCAGUUUAUUAUGUUGAUCGUGUUCAUUUGAUGUGCUCAAUAAAUGCAGCUUGUCAUCAUCUGACCAUGUCUGACUAUAUGACUUCUGAAAUAAUAAUAAUGGCUGUGGGUGCUCUUAUACAUAUACCAAUUUGGUUUUUUGUCCUGAUGAUUCUUGAUAUUAAAAAAACUGGCGGUAGAUUGAGCGAUGUUUUUAAAUAUUUUGGGCGUAAUGGCGGAGCAAUAGGCGAAGAAAUAAUGGAAAAUACAGAUGUUGGUGAUCAUGAAGAUACAGAUGUUAAAAAUGAACGACAAAGGAUAUUUAAUUUUGUAAAUUCAUCGUCGGUACAAGAGCCACCAGUGGUGUUGGUACAAAAUCUUCGAAAAGAAUACCGUCAACGUGAAACAACCUCGUGUAGCUGUUGUACAAAACGUGAAGAAGAGGUACAGAAACCAUUAAAAAAAAUAGCCGUACGUAAUUUAUCGUUUGGCGUUGAACCCGGUGAAGUAUUUGGACUUUUGGGUCACAAUGGAGCGGGAAAAACUACAACUAUGAAAAUAAUAAUUGCUGAAGAAGCAGCAACUCGUGGACGAGUUCAAAUUGCCGGGUACAAUAUAAAUUCUCAUCUGACUGAUGCUUUUAGACAGAUGGGCUAUUGUCCUCAGCACGAUGCUCAAUGGAAAAAUAUAACUGUCAGAGAGCACUUGGAAUGUUAUGCAGCAAUGCGUGGUGUUCCAUGGAGUGAAAUUGAUAGAAUCGUUGAUUUGUAUUUAACUGGGCUUCAAAUUCACGACCAUGCGGAUAAACAAACUCAAGAGUGCUCAGGAGGAACGAGAAGAAAGUUAAGUUAUGCUAUGGCAAUGGUUGGAGGUCCAAAGGUUGUACUGAUGGACGAACCCAGCACGGGAAUGGAUCCAAGAUCCAAAAGGUUCCUUUGGGACACCAUUCUCGCCAGUUUUCAGGGUGGUAGAGGUGCAAUACUAACAACCCACUCGAUGGAAGAAGCCGACGCGCUUUGUUCCCGAGUUGGCAUUAUGGUAAAAGGUGAGCUGAGAUGUAUCGGUUCUACUCAACACUUGAAAAAUCUUUAUGGUGCUGGUUACACGUUAGAAAUGAAAUUACUUGGUGGUGAUUGCACACCAACGACGCCAUCGGGUGAUCGUAUCAGCGCGCUAAAAGAAUUUGUCGCUGGUCUAUUUCCUGACGCAACUCUUGAGGAGAGUUUCGCAGACAGACUGGUGUUUGCAGUGCCUCAACACGCUGUUUGUUCACUUGCUGAUUGUUUUAUGCAAUUAGAAAAAGCCAAGUUAGAAUUGGAUAUAGAGGAGUACAGUUUUAGCCAAACAACGCUAGAACAAGUCUUUUUAAAAUUUUCACACUACGAUGAGAUGAACGGUGGAGAAUGACCAUCUCCAAAAUUAAGUUAAAUUAAUUAAGUUAAUAAUAAUAAUAAUAAAUAAGAAGAAUCAAGUGUAGAGUGAAAAAAAAAAAGAGCAAAGAGUUAAAGUCCAUUCCAGUUAAAAGCCGAGUCCAAGGGUAAGUCGAAAAGAAGGAAACAUGAAAUGAAAAAAAAAGUCGUAGGUUCAAAACUCUGUAGAGUUUUAGGACAAGUGACCUCAAGGUUUAUAUUGACAACAAAGUAAUAACUAAUGAAUAAUGAGAGUUAGGGACCAUGAAGGAAGUGUGUUCUACCGGUUAAUAAAGUAUUCAAUAAUAAAUGCAUCGUUUUGUCUAGAUUAAAAAGUCGAUGCGUAGUAAAAAAAAAAAAAACAUUCCGCGCUUUAGACAGUUUUAACGAGCGCUCUUAUUAACGAUAAUAAUAAUAAUAAUAAUAAUAAAUAGCAAUCAAUAAUGGACAAUUAAGAAUCAACGAUUAACAAUGAUUGAUAACUCACUGGACUUACUGUUACUGAUGAUAUUGUAGGAAUGGCGACUGAUUGUGAGUGAAUUUUAUUUUACACUACCCUGCUCGCACUCCUUUCUUUUUUAUAUUAAAUUAAUUUAUAAUAAUAAUAAUAAUAAUAAUAAUAAUAAUAGCUCGUGAUUUCAUACGUCCUGAUGAGCGUGUUGUAUGCAAGAUGUCGAUAAAUAUAUAAUAAAAAAUAUAUAUAUAUAUAUAAAUAAAUAUAAUAUAUCAUUAUGUAAAUAGCGGCAACGAUUUACGCAUUAUUGUUGUUAAAUAUUAUCUAAAUUAUACGGCUAAUAUUCCGUGGUCUGUUUUUAGCUCAUAAAAUAAUUAAAGUUGUGUGGGCUUUUUUUAACUUUAAUUGUUGUAAAAUUUUUUAUAUUUCAUUCAGUUUUAUAAUUUAUGUGAAUUGUUGUUGAUUAGUAGAAAAAAUAAAAAUAGCAACUUUUUAAAUAUAAUUAAAAUUAUUUAUAGAAUUAGUGAGAAACAAUACGACGGCAAUAAAUAAAAAAAACCCAUACAACUAACUCAAAGGUUAACAAUCAGACCCAUCUUAAGUUUUAAGAUCAAUAACACUAAUAAUAAUAAUUAUGAUUAUUAUUAUUAUUGUUGUUGUUUCCAAAACACAGAUGACUUUUUUUCCUUUUUUUUUUAAUGACAAUGACCUCUCGCGACUGCUGACGAUUUAAUAAUAUUCGAGAGAGUCCAAAAGUUUCGGGUUUAUUACACCUUAUUUUAUUAUUAUUACACCAUGUGCGUCAUGCCUUGACGUUCACGGUAGAAUCGUCGUUGUUUUUUAACUAGAAAAUUAUAUAUGAUAAUAAUAAUAUUAAUAAUCGAAUGCGGAAUUUUAAUGCUCUUAGUACAUAAAUAAAUCAUUGAGUGUGAAAGAAGUGAGUUAUUAUUAAUUAGUCUACUAAUAUUAUAAUUUAUUUUAAAAAUUGUAUUUCACUUGUACAAAAUAGCACGUAGCGAUAUAACAAAAAAAAUUAAAAAAAAAAAAAAAAAAAAAAAAAAAAAUAUUU